ACAGAGAGGUGUUGCGAAAAGACCAUUCUCCACAAAAUAUUAAAUGUAUGCGAAGGUACCGUCGUGCCGUGCAAGCGUGUUCCACUACAGACACUAAGUUCAAACUAACGUGUCCCCAUUGAGUUUAAUGCAUAAGCUACAUGUGUCUCCUUUGCAUGUUCUUCUUUUGCUCUUCAACUAUUGACAUCAUGGGUGCCUGUGCGUGUCUAUAUACACUAUAUAUACAUAUGGUUCCUCUCCAAGAGAGAAGUAUUCAGUAGCAAUGGCGUCAAUUGUAAUAUCUAUUCCAGAUGGAGAGGGAGUACUUGGUCUUAAAGAGAAAAAGAAGUUCCAGUUUUCUCAUCUUCCCAUUAUUUCCUAUCUAAGAGAUUCUCUUCCUCCCAUUGUUGCCUAUCUUAGAGAGAAGAAAACUAAGCAAGACUUGAGAAAACUGAUUCACAGUAUCAAGGUUGGAACUGCCCUCGUCUUGGUUUCACUUCUCUUCCUACUGGAUCCUCUUUUCGGCCAUGUUGGAGAAAAUGCCAUGUGGGCUAUCAUGACUGUUGCUGUCAUCUUUGAGUUCUUCGCAGGUGCCACACUAAGCAAGGGCUUGAACCGUGGAAUCGGAACCAUUUUAGGAGGCGGACUCGGGUGUUUAGCGGCAGCUUUAGCUCAACAAGUCGGUGGAAUCGGCAACGCCAUUGUUGUUGGUACUUCUGUAUUCAUUUUUGCUGCAGCAGCCACGUAUGCACGAUUGAUUCCGAGGAUUAAGAAAAAAUAUGACUACGGGGCCCUCAUAUUCAUCCUCACCUUCAAUCUAGUAGUGGUGUCUGGUAUACGCGCUGAAGAGGUAAUUACAAUAGCGCGUGAACGUCUCUCAACAAUCGCCAUGGGUUUCGCCAUCUGUAUUUUCAUAAGCUUGCUUGUUUUCCCGAUAUGGGCAAGCGAUGAACUUCACGACUCUAUGGCCUCUAAAUUCGAAGACGUUGCACGCUCUGUUGAAGGCUGCCUGGAGGAAUACUUUGGUUUCAUGAGCGAAAAGGAAAACCAGACCACUGCAAAUUUUAGUAGCUGCAAAUCCAUCCUAAACUCCAAGGCAAAGGAUGAGUCACUGGCAAAUUUUGCUAAAUGGGAACCAUGGCAUGGAAAAUUUGGGCUUUCCUACCCUUGGGGAAAAUAUCUACAGAUUGGAGAGCAACUUAGAGAGGUAGCAGCAACCAUCCUUUCACUGAAAGGUUCUCUUCAAUCCCCUAGACAGCCCCCAACAACUCUGAGGCAGUCAUUUAAAGAACCAUGUGAAGCAGUUGGAUCGUUACUUGCAUCGACUCUAAGGGAGCUUGGAGAGAGUAUGUUGAAAAUGAGAAGAUGCCAUACAGAGGCUUCGAUGGUGCCGAAGUUGAAGGCAAUGAGAGUACAGCUAAACUCGGUUAUGUCACCUUCGAAGCUAGGACCCAUAGAGAAUGGUGGACUUGCAGUGGCAACCUUUGUGUUCAUACUGAUGGAGAUGGUGGAAAAGGUGGAGGGACUGGCAAAGGAGGUUGAAGAACUUGGAGAGCUUGCUGAUUUUCGUACUCAAUUGGCUUUAGUUUGUCCCUCUAAUCAAUGAGCACUGUGCUGUACAUAAACCAUUUCCCACUUUUUGGCUUGGGAAAUUAUACAUGUAUGUUUCUGAAAAAUGAAAAAAAAAAAAAAGAGUCUGGUUUUUGGAGAAAAUGAUUAUUUAGAAAUAUAUAAGAGCAGA